AUAUUUCUAGGUUAUUUCCAAUGAAGGGAGCCCCUGAAAGUCGGCGCACGUCGUGCCUAAAUUAACGUCUGAGAAACGGCAGCCGUCCAUUAAAGCGAAAGCCAUUCUGUCAAGUGCUUUGAAAACAGCUGACAACACCGGAUAAUGUGCUGACGAGCACUAUGGGCAGGCGGUACCCAGGAGCCCACUAUCGUCAAAGCAAUUCAUUUGAUUCCGGUGUGGAAACCUUGGUGGGGUUUAUGGCAAGUAACGGCACGUCAGACGUUGUGAAUCGCAAUGGACCCGCCACGCCCCCCAACACCCUUCACCUGCGCUCCUCUCACAACGAGUUGCUGAAUGCCGAAAUCAAGCACACGGAGGUCAAGAAUGGCACCCCUCCCAAAUGCAGGAAGAAAUACGCCCUGACCAGCAUUCAGACAGCCAUGGGCCUUUCGGACCCUGCAGCCCAGCCUUUGCUGGGCAGCAACUCCUCCAACAUCAAGCUGGUGAAAAACGGAGAAAACCAGCUUAGGAAAGCAGCCGAGCAAGGACAGCAGGAUCCCAACAGAAACCUCGAUGCACCAUCCGUGACGACGGGUCUAAACAUAACUUCUGAGAAGUUGGAGGGGAAGGAACCAAGCCAACAGGACUCUUCCAGUGGUGAAAUCCUGCCCACCCAACACCGGAGAUCGAAGAGCUUCCUAAACUACUAUGCAGAUCUUGAGACAUCAGCCAGGGAGGUGGAACAGAAUUAUGGGGAGAGCCAAGAGGCGGCGGAGGAUAAAUUGCCUUCACAGUGCCAUAGCCAAGCCUCCAUGGUUAAUGGAGAUACAUUGCUUCAGAAGCAAAACAAGGCAGAGAGCCCUGAAGAUGGGCCAGCAGCUACCAUCUCUUCCAGUCCAGAGACUAAAAAGGAUCACCCUAAAACAGGUGCCAAGACCGACUGCGCGCUCCACAGGAUUCAGAACCUGGCUCCGAGCGAUGAAGACUCUAGCUGGACCACAUUGUCUCAAGACAGCGCUUCUCUGAGUUCUCCAGAUGAAACAGAUAUUUGGAGCGAUCAUUCCUUUCAAUCCGACCCUGAUCUUCCACCGGGUUGGAAGAAGAUCAGCGAUAUAGCGGGCGUCUAUUACUGGCACAUACCCACAGGGACCACCCAAUGGGAACGCCCCGUCUCGGGGCCCACGGAUCUUCAGUGCUCAAGGAAAGGCUCUUUGAGUUCCCUCACCUCGUCGCCUACUCCAGAAACUGAGAAACAGCCCUGGAGUGAUUUUGCGGUGCUGAAUGGGGGAAAGAUUAAUAGUGACAUUUGGAAGGACCUACAUGCGGCCACCGUGAAUCCCGACCCCAGUUUAAAAGAGUUUGAAGGAGCGACCUUGCGAUAUGCUUCCCUGAAGCUCAGAAAUGUUCCGCAGUGCGACGAAGAUGAUUCCUGCAGCAUCAACAGUGAUCCGGAGGCUAAGUGCUUCGCCGUUCGUUCCUUGGGAUGGGUCGAGAUGGGGGAGGAAGAUUUGGCUCCCGGAAAAAGCAGCAUUGCGGUAAACAAUUGCAUACGGCAACUCUCAUACUGCAAAAACGACAUAAGAGAUACCGUUGGCAUUUGGGGAGAGGGAAAAGAUAUGUAUCUUAUCCUGGAGAACGAUAUGCUAAAUUUGGUUGACCCCAUGGACCGUAGUAUUCUUCAUUCUCAGCCCAUCGUUAGCAUCCGAGUUUGGGGAGUUGGUCGAGAUAAUGGCCGGGAUUUCGCCUAUGUAGCCAGAGACCGAGAGACCCGGAUUUUGAAAUGCCACGUAUUCCGAUGUGACACUCCAGCAAAAGCCAUAGCCACCAGCCUCCACGAAAUCUGUUCGAAGAUUAUGGCUGAACGGAAGAAUGCCAAAGCUGUGGCUUGCAACCCAUUGCAGGAACGGACAAACGUCGUUCUUGAGGUCCCUUUGCAAGUAGAUUUUCCAACACCAAAGACUGAGUUGGUCCAGAAAUUUCAUGUGCAGUACCUGGGCAUGCUACCUGUAACUAAGCCAGUGGGUAUGGACAUGUUGAACGGGACUAUAGAAAGUCUGAUGGAGUCCUCCAACCAAGAAGAGUGGACACCUGUCACCAUGAAUGUGGCUGAUGCUACUGUCACUGUCAUCAGCGAUGGAGAUGAAGAGGAGAUUGUGGUGGAAUGUCGUGUCCGCUUCUUGUCCUUCAUGGGCGUGGGAAAAGACGUACAUACCUUCGCCUUCAUUAUGGAUGCAGGAAACCAGCAUUUUGAGUGCCAUGUCUUCUGGUGUGAACCCAAUGCUGGCAACGUCUCCGAGGCAGUUCAGGCUGCUUGUAUGCUGCGGUAUCAGAAGUGUUUGGUCGCCCGACCUCUUUCGCAGAAAGUCCGCCCUCCUCCGCCUCCGGCAGACUCUGUGACAAGACGGGUCACCACCAACGUGAAACGCGGGGUCCUGUCCCUGAUUGACACUUUGAAACAGAAGCGUCCUGUGACUGACAUGCCAUGACGGACCUGUGGGUGAGCCACCCCAGGCGUUCCCCGAAAUGUCGUGCGAAAAAGGACAGAACAGCAGCCGCGUUUCAAAGAAAGAAGACUGGAUGAAGGCGGCCUUCCGUCAGAAAUCUUCACUUUCGGAAAAGUUAAUGGGAAAAAUAAUAUUAGACAAGCAUGUUCUCACUCUUGCCGCCACCAAGUCAUAUUGAAAAGAAGCAUGACCUCUUUUUUUUUUUAAAUGUUCAUUUGAUUUUUUUUUUUUUUUGCUCCAUGUGAGAUAGCCGAGAAAUGGAAGGCCUGCUUUCGGACUGUAAAUAGGACGGACGUGACUUCGAUUCAUACAUCCAAGAAGGAAUGGAUGCAUCAGAUGAUCGCUCGUCUUUGCAAAGAACCCAACCCAAGGAUUCUCACCGCUCCUGAGCACUAUGCCUCUUUUUUAACAGUGAAUUACACACCAAGUAUUAGUUAACUCUUGUAUUACUACACUACUAAUACCAAGCUUCUUAUUUUUUACAAAAGAGCAUUCGUGAUUAACCUUCCAUCUUGUGCGCCGUGGUCAUCGCGUCAACGCGGAGAUGCCAGUCAGGUGUCCUGCCAUGGAGAGGAAACCCCUCCACGCAGGAAGGAUUGUGCCAGCUAGGUGACAACAGUUUGUGGCAACCCCGUGCAUGCAUAGGUCACACCGCACAUCCAAGUGUUGCAGCACCUGUCCUUCGUUGUCUCUUUCUAGCACAAAUGUACAUAGAGGGAAGAAGACGGGCGUGUACCGUUGUCGCAUAAAAUCUCUCUUUGUGGUUUGCGUGGUUUUUCUUUCCAGAGAAGGGCUGCCCGCGUGGGAAACCAACACCAUAUUUGAAGUGGCCUUCAGUCCAAAAAUUGUGUUUGUUUACAUACUAAGUCCAUGUUUGAGAAGUUUGGCAGGAUAGAGACUGGGUUUUAUUUCGGAACAGAAUCCACCCCCAAUGCUUAUGGCGCCAAGGCUCAAGUGCCUCUUAUAUCCUUUCAUAGAUCCAGGUUAUUCUUUUUUACAUUUCACCAGGAGGCGUGCGCGAAACUGACCACUUGAGGCUACAACUGAUGGCUUCCCCUCAUGAUAAUAUAUAUAUAAAUAUAUAAAUAAUGUGGGUGAAAACAAAGAAUGUUCACUAGUUAAUUUUCUUACGGAUAGAUUUGCACGGAAACAACCUGGAUUUCCUCUUGACUGAAGUCCCGGACAUUCAAAUCAUGUCCUUUUAUUUUUUUUGUUCUGCGAGAUCCGUUCUACUUUGCAGCUUUCUUAGGAACUUUUAUUGGACGGUGAGGUUGACCUAAAAAGCCAUGCUUUCCAGGUAGAGGUUUGGGUUGAAAUGCCAAUAGAUGUACGGUGGUUUGGCUUCGGGAAGUCCAAGCCACACAUGUCACACCGAGCACCCUGUGGUGGUUUCCUUCUAUUUUGUUAUCACACCUUUACACAACGGUGUGGUUUCCAUUGAUCAGGAGUGUCGGCAAGGUUUGGUUAAACAAAAAAAAACCCGAAAAAACAAAAGUCAAGAUGAUGGCCACAAGGCCGGCAUUGAAGCACCACCUGAUUCUUACAGGCAUCGCAGGUGGUGCUUCGAUCUCAGUGCUGUGGCUGACAUCUGGAUGUUGGGAUCACACCUGGCUGGUGCCCUUUGUGGCUGUUGACUGUUUAAUCCCUUUUGUCAGAGGUGGGAUUCUGCCACUUCGGACUGGUUCGGGCUAACUGGUUCACUCUGAAGAUCAGCUGGGAGUGAACCAGUUCGCUCCGACAAUCACGUGGGCCCGCCCGCUCGCCCCUGCACUGCACUGAACUUUAUCGUCUCAGCUGAUCAGCGCGCGGAAGAGUGGAUUGCCGCUCCUCAGCUGUGUUACUCCCCCAAAGUAACAUAGCAGGUAAGGAUUUUUGCAUUGCUGUUCACGCACGCGCAGCGUUCAAAGCCUGCGAUCACCGAACUGGUUGUUCUACCAGCAGCAUCCCACUCCUGCCUUUUUGUGUGUCCUUUUGAUCCUUUGUAUACCGUGUCACGUGAGUCCCACUUGAUGCCCUGCCAGAGGAAAAGGCUUAGAAUUCCCCAGGGACGGACAGACCUCUUUGGGGAGGCAAUGGAGGAAGUGAAGUGAUGGUCUCAAGAGGAAGACUAGGGAGGCCGCCUGAGAUUUCUUUGAAGCAAAAUGAUCUGUUCACCGAUGCUCUUGGGUCACAGCAACUUGGAGAGGGACCAAUGGAACCAUGAUGCCAACUUGACCAAGCAUUCAAAAAGGGCGCGCUUAACAAGCUAUAACCUCACUCUGCUCCUGUCCCGUCUAAAAGAAGAUAGGAAGUCCUAGCAUCCAUCAGCCUAGAACAAGGUUUCUCAAACUUGGCAACUUCCAAUCGUUGUGGACUUCAUCUCCCAGAAUUCCCCAACCUGACUGGCCGGGGAAUUCUUGGAGAUGAAAGUCCGAGGUCUUGAAAGUUUCCAAGUUUGGAAA